UGAAGAUAUGAGCAAAGCAAUUGAUUCUGUAAAAAUCUCAUCCCCACUUACUGAAAAGUUAUUGGACAAGAAAGAACCAAAAAGUUGAUGAUUUAAUACUUAUUAAUUUAAGCUUGCGUUUCAAUUGGUUAGACGCCUUUAAAAAGCAUGAUGUGAUUCUAUAUUCAACAAUGUCAGGUCUUGGUCUAGCUAUUUUGCCUAUAUAAAGAGAAAUAAACCAGUUAAAACUAUGCAAUCUAAACUAAAUUCAUAAACUAAAAAAGAAUAGAGAAGAGGAGAAGCCUAUAUAUUAAGAUGACUUUUGGUGCACAGUGGAAACCAGCUACAGCUAUGCUGGCUAUUAAUUUUGCCUUUGCAAUAGUAAAUUUACUUCUCAAGAAGAGUAUUGAUGAUGGUUUAAACCAUUUGGUUAUCGUUACAUAUCGACAGAUGGUGGCUACUAUGUUAUUGUUACCAAUUGCCUUCUUUUGGGAGAGGAAAAGCAGAGCUGAGAUUACAGCACACAUUGUUUGUUACCUUUUCUUCAGUGCUUUAAUUGGGGUAACUCUUGCCCAGUUCUUGUUCCUUCUUGGACUUCAAUACACAUCAGCUACUUUUUCUUGUGCAUUUCUCAACAUGGUGCCUGUUUUCACAUUUGUAUUGGCACUGCCAUUUGGUCUUGAAAAGCUGAACAUGAAAAGCAUAGGCGGUUGUGCAAAGCUGUUGGGUACAAUGAUAUGUGUGGUUGGAGCCUUGGUGCUAACAUUCUACAGAGGAAUGCAACUAACUCAUUUACAUGCACAACAAGCCACAGAAGACCAUGCCAGCAUGAAACACACACCCGAAAAGGCGAAGAAUUGGGCGGCCGGUUCAGUACUCCUGGCUACAGGCAGCCUCUCGUGGUCUUCAUGGUUCCUCUUGCAAGCAAGGAUUGGGAAGAUGUAUCCAUUUCAAUAUUCAAGCUCAGCCAUCGUGUCCCUCUUUGGUGCCAUUCAGUCAGCCAUACUGACUUUGUUAAUUGAGAGAAGAAUCUCUAUGUGGAUUCUCAAAGGAAAGUUGGAGAUCAUUGCUGUUGUUUAUGCUGGAAUGGUGGGAUCAGGGUUGUGCUAUGUUGGGAUGUCAUGGUGUGUGAAGCAAAAGGGUCCAGUCUUCACAUCAGCAUUUACUCCUUUCACACAAAUUUUUGUAGCUUUUUUUGAUGUCUUUGUUUUGCAUGAACCAGUUCACCUUGGAAGUUUGCUGGGAUCUAUCUUGGUCAUAAUUGGUAUGUACACUCUUUUGUGGGGUAAAAACAAAGAGGCCAAGGAAGUUGGUACAAAGCAGAACCAAGUAGCAGAAGAAGAGGGUGAAGAUUGUAGUAACUCAACAGUGUCUCAUGUCAUUCCUGUCACAAUCAACCCAACAACUUCUUAAUCUAAUAUUUUAGCCACAGUUCACAAUAGUCUUAAGAACAAUUGUUUGGAUGCACACACUUUUGUGUUUACUACUUUGAGAUGUUAAAGACCUAAUUAGUAGUAAAUGGUUUUUGUUUACCCUGCUUCCGCACUCUCAGUAUGAUUUAGCCAAUUUAUGUAUUGGAAUAUUACUAGCAUAAGGUAAAGAUAUUUUGGAAGAGACAAUAAAUUUUUUAUAUCGGAGCAAAUAAUUCAUAAUUUAUU